AUGUCGGCAAGACCUGCGACACCAGCGUCGCCCAAGAACCACAAAGUCAGAGCGCCCCAACCAGGGCAGCCCAUGUACGCUGCAGAACACCUACAAAGACUCUUCAAUCAAGAUCAGGCGACUACAAAUACGUCGAUCCAACAUUACCGGUCAAUCCUUCGGAGCAUCUUCGAUACGAACCCUCUGAUCCCGCAAACUGCCAAGACCAUCGACGGGCAGAUUGUCACGUCGCUGACUCCGACACACCUAUGUCUCCAAUGCCCCUCAACCCUUACAGAAGAUGAUCGGGCGAGACAUGGGACCAAGAAGUCACACAGGUUCUAUGUGGAAUCCAGGAGCGGUGCUUUGUACUGCCAAAUGUGUGACGAUAUUGUCUGGGACCCUACGUUCGAGGAGCUCAGGUUAAAGAAGAUUGGAACAGGUACCUUCUCAUUGCGGAAACGCAAACAUGAGGAGCUAUUCGAGACAUCGGAUCCUGUUCGGGACAACCCGGCGUACAUCUCGUCAAACACAACAACGGCCUCUUGCAAGUCCAAUGGCCUGCGGGGCAUCUACAAUGCCGGUGCGACCUGUUACCAAAACGUCGUCCUCCAAAGUUUCCUUCAUAACCCCAUCCUCCGCAACUUCUACCUCAGCGACGGCCAUUCUAGCAGCACUUGCAACGUGGAAUACUGCUUGAGCUGCGCAAUCGACGACAUGUUCCAGGAUUUUUACUCGCUUGAGAACACCAACGGGUAUACGGCGGCGAGCAUCCUGUCGGCAUUCUGGUACAACCAGAAGAAGGCCUUCGAGAUCCUGGUGGCGACCAAGGAGCAAGACGCCCACGAGUUUUUCCAGUUUUUGGCAGAGGAACUGCACGAACGCAACGGCGACGGAAAGAAGCCCGAGAGCGGCAGCGAACACAGCUGCAACUGUAUAAUCCACCAAACUUUCUAUGGCAAGCUGCAGAGCACCACAACCUGUCAGAACUGCAGCGGCGUGACGCAUCAAGUGCAGAGCUUCCUGGAUCUCAGCCUGCCACUGGAAAAUCUCUCGCACAAAAAGGGCAAGAAGUCUGCGUCUAGAGGGCUGCUGACAUUGCAGGAAUGUCUUGACGAAGAGUACAUCAAGUCAGACAAGUGUGAAUACCGCUGCCACAGCUGCAACUCCAUGCAGCAAGCCCGUCGGCAGACUAGCAUCAAGCGGUUGCCAAAUGUCUUGUCGAUCCAGCUGAAGCGGUUCGAGUACAAGCAAGGUCGCAACGAGCGCGCUGCAAAGAUCGACACGCCUGUGCAGUUCCCGCUCGAGCUCAAUAUGCUUCCCUACACUAACCGGGGCCGUUCUGGCGGCUCCGACGCCGGCAAGGACAACUACGAGCUCGCCCGCUCAUGCACCUACGACCUAGUCAGCGUGGUCGUGCACGUUGGCGAGAUCGACACGGGCCACUACGUGUCGUACUGCAGGGUCGGCGACCAAGUGAGUGUCUACCCCAUUACUCCUACUUCGCCUUCCUCCUCUAUCUCCCCUUCCGAUCCUGAUGCCAUCCCUAUCUCUAUUGAAUAA